AUGGCGACAAUAGACACACUCAAUUAUAUAUCUCAACAAUUAAAUAUCUAUCUAGGUUUAUUUAUGUUUAUUUUUGGUCUAAUUGGUUCUUGUUGGAAUAUAUUAAUAUUUCGUCAUUAUUCACUUCGUCUAAGUUCAUAUUGUACCUAUAUACUAAUUUUAUCUAUUGCUAGUUUAAUUCAAUUAUUAUUCAAUUUAUCUGAUCGAAUAAUCGAUCAAGGUUUUAGCAUUCAUUGGACAAUAUAUAAUAUUGCUUGGUGUAAACUUCGAUAUUAUAUUGCACAAUGUACAUCACUUAUAGCUCUAUCAUGUCUUGUUUAUUCUUCAAUUGAUCGAUUUUUUUCAACAUGUCAUCAAAUAAAAUGGCGUCGUUUAAAUUCAGUUUACAUUGCAAAACAAAUUUGUUUAUUUACAAUUCUAUUCUGGAUGAUAAUAACUAUUCCAACACUUAUCUAUGUAAAACCUAUUCAAUUAACAACAGAUCAUUGUGUCUGUCAAAGUUCAUCAUUAAUUUGGUCAAAAAUAAUAAUUUACUUUUUUAAUCUAUGUUGUUAUGGAAUAUUUCCAUGGGUUUUUAUGAGUUUAUUUGGUUUUUUAACUUGGAAAAAUACUCGUCAAAUACGUAAUCAUCGUGUUGGUGUAAUAUCUACAAUGAAUCUAACACGUAUGGCACGUUUUGAUGAUCAAUUAGCAUCAAUGUUAUUUCUACAGAUAAUUAUUUGUAUUAUAUCAUCGAUACCAUUUUGUAUACAAAAUAUUUAUUAUUGUUUAACUCAAACAAUAAGCACAAAUUUAUAUCGUCAAGCACAAGAAAAUCUUUUUUUUCAAAUAGCUUAUUUAAUUUUUUAUUUCAAUUAUAUAUCAACAUUUUAUAGUAAUUAUUUAUCAUCAGAUAUAUUUCGACAUGUAUCAAAAGAAGUUCUUAUGAAUUUAUGUAAAAAACGAGAAGAUGUUUCGAGAGAAAUAACAAUGAUUAAUCAUCAAGAAAAUAAUCAUAAACAAUUAGAUAAACGAAGAUACAAUAUUUUUACAAUUUAA